GGAGAAAGACGCCACUGAAUACUUGCAGAAAAGCUCGAAAUAGGAGAGAGAAAAUUAAAAAAAAAUGGCGAGGUUGAAGGCAGCAUCGUCGUCUUUAUCAGUAUUACGUCGCAUUUUAGGAGGAAGAACGUCAAUUCAAUGUCAAUGUCGAAGAACUAUUUCUUCUGAUCUCAACGAUGAGGUGCUGGUCGAAGGAAAUUCGCAUAGUCGUACUGCUAUUCUUCAUCGUCCUCCAGCUCUUAAUGCCCUCAAUACUUCCAUGGGUGCUUUGCUCCAAAAGUAUUACAAAUGCUGGGAAGAUGAUCCUAAUGUUGGUUUUGUGAUGAUGAAGGGCAGUGGAAAGGCAUUUUGUGCUGGAGGAGAUAUUGUUACUCUGUAUCGCCAAAUUAAUAAAGGGAAGAUAGAAGAAUGUAAAGAGUUUUUUUGGACUCUAUACACAUUUAUAUACGUGCUUGGCACAUAUUUGAAACCACAUGUUGCCCUUUUGAAUGGAAUUACAAUGGGUGGUGGAGGAGGUGUUUCAAUUCCUGGGACAUUUCGAGUUGCAACCGAAAAAACUGUUUUUGCCACCCCAGAAACUAUGAUUGGUUUUCAUCCUGAUGCUGGGGCCUCUUUCUACCUUUCUCAUUUACCUGGGCACAUUGGAGAAUAUUUGGCUCUGACUAGCAAAUCUCUCAGUGGUGCUGAAAUGCUUGCGUGUGGGCUUGCAACACAUUAUUCACUUAGCACCAAGCUUCCUCAAAUAGAAGAACAUCUAGUCAAUCUGGUCAGUGAUGAUUUUUCUGUUGUUGAGACUUCCCUGCAGGAGUUUGCUGAUGUUGUGUCUCCUGACAGUAUGAGCGUACUUCACAGGCUGGAGAUACUCAACAAAUGUUUUGGCCAUGGCACUGUCGAGGAGAUAAUUGAUUCUCUGGAAGAUGAGGCAACAAAAACAGAUCAUGCCUGGUGUGCUUCCACUUUGAAGAGGUUGAGGGAAGUGUCCCCACUGAGCCUGAAGGUUUCCUUGAGAUCAAUACGAGAAGGUAGAUAUCAGACUCUUGACCAAUGUCUGGCUCGUGAAUAUCGGAUGUCGCUUCAGGGAAUCUCUGGAAAGGUCUCAAAUGACUUCCAGGAGGGUGUACGGGCACGAAUGGUUGACAGGGACUUCUCACCAAAGUGGGAUCCACCAAGUUUAGAUAGAGUUUCCAAGGAUAUGGUGGAUGAAUACUUUUCCCCUCUCAGUGUGUCUGAACCAGAGCUAGAGCUACCAACAAAGCAGCGCGAAGCAUUUUCUUAAUCACUUUGAAGAACCAUCACUAUUCAAAACAUUACAUUUUACAUUUUGGGUGAUUUUGUUACUGUAAAUAAACCAAUGAAUUUUUUUAGAAGAGAAUGAUUUAACUGAAAUAAAUGAAACCUUUUUCAGCGUAGGAGUUUAUAUAUGUGUUCUAAACAGCUGACAGAUAGAGUUCAUAGGUGUGCUCCAAACGAUUGUGUGUAUAAGAAUAAAUCUAUCUAUUAGGUGUGCCAUGAUUUUUUUUCAGGUGAUGUUACAGCAAUUUAAAAGAAAACAGGGGUCUGACUUCAA